AUGCUGGGCUUGUUGACUGCUCCAUUUCAGCUAUUAUUGUCUGCCAUGUUGCUCUCCUGGUCACUUGGGUUGUUGUCUCCUUGUUUUCCUGAGUUCUCUCUAGAGGGUUUGGGGUUCUUCACUUCUUCUGGUUCUGAGGGAGGAGGUGAAGAGUCUCAAUUUGAGUUAGAGGGACCAGCUUCUGGUUCUGUGGAUUGGGGUACUACUGGUCUUUCUUCAAGUGAGAUGGUCCCAAAGAAGGCGUCAAAGAUACUGGCUUGGGGUGUUGUGUCAACUGGGCUAUCUUCCUCCUUAAACAUCUAG